AAUCGAGCCCCCCGGCUCGAAGCACGCAACUGUCCCCUCUGACACAGCUGGAGCCUUGUUCCCCAGCCACCGCUUCGAAGCCGAACCGCGCGCGUGGGCGGAACUGUGUCUUCAUCGAAAACUGCAUCCAUAGGUACUCACACCUCUAUCCAUCAUGAAGCUGUCAAACGCAUCGCUGCUCGGGCUGCUGCUGCCAGCGGUAGGCGCCCGCUUCGUCGAGCCCGGUGAGCCGGACCGCGCCUUGUUGUAUCCCGACGGCAUCCCCCAGUCUGCCGACGAGAACCAGAAGUACCUCAUUGAGCUCGCGCCAGGGGAGACAAGAUGGGUGACGGAAGCCGAGAAGUGGCAGCUUCGCCGGGAUGGCAAACGCUUCUUCGACAUCACCAACCAUCCCGACCUCGGGACCCUUCGCGCCAAGAGCAUGUCCCAGAAGAAGAGGGUUGUCUUCCCCCAGAAGCCUAAGCUGCAGAAGGAAGUGAAGCCCCUCCUGGCGAACCUGUCCAAGACCGAGAUGGAGGACCACCUGACGGCAUUCACAUCCUUUUACACCCGGUACUACAAGUCCUCCUACGGUCGACGGUCCUGCGAGUGGCUGCUCGGCCAGGUCCGCGACACCAUCAAAUCCGCCGGUGCCGAGGAGUACGUCCGCGCCGAGCACUUCGAGCACCCCUGGGGCCAGAACAGCGUGAUCGCCACCAUCCCCGGCAAGACCAACUCGACCAUCGUCAUCGGCGCACACCAAGACUCGGUCAACCUGUGGGCGCCAAGCCUGCUCCCCGCGCCCGGCGCCGACGACGACGGCAGCGGCACGGUCACCAUUCUCGAGGCGUUCCGGGUGCUCCUGCAGUCCGAGGACAUCGUCAAGGGCAACCACCCGAACACGCUCGAGUUCCACUGGUACUCCGCCGAGGAGGGCGGGCUGCUGGGCAGCCAGGCCAUCUUCUCGGCGUACGAGAAGCAGGGGCGCGACGUCAAGGCCAUGCUGCAGCAGGACAUGACGGGCUACGUGGCCAAGACGCUGGACGCCGGCAAGCCCGAGUGCGUGGGCGUCAUCGUCGACUACGUCGACCCGGACCUGACCAGGUUCAUCAAGACGAUCAUUACCGAGUACUGCGACAUCCCCUACGUCGAGACCAAGUGCGGCUACGCCUGCUCGGACCACGCCUCGGCGUCCAAGGCGGGCUACCCGUCGGCUUUCGUCAUCGAGUCGCAGUUCGAGGACUCGGACAGCUACAUCCACACCACCGAGGACCUGAUCAAGUACCUUUCGUUCGACCACAUGCUGCAGCACGCCCGCAUGACGCUGGCUUUUGGUUAUGAGUUGGCGUUCACCGACUUUGCCGCGCUCGAGGGCCCGGAGCACUCGGAUUCGUUGUAGACUGUUUUGCAGACUACCCGGCGUUGUUAUUGGGAAGCGUGGGUUCCAUGGGUUGGAUGAAACUCUCGACGCCAUUGAUGGAACUUUGGUUCGUAUUGGUUCCGGAAGCUGAGCGGUUGUGUGAGGAAGUCACUGACAGUCCUAUGCAUGGUGGAUGCUCGACCGGCGUGAUUUGCCUGGCACCGGCAUUAAUGAAUAACGUUUCUGACUUACGUCUUGCAUCCAAUAUCUAC